AUGGCUCCCUCAGCCACCGCCCCAGCUAACGGCACCAACGGCCUCACAGCGCCGGAGUUCGGCUACCCGCCCGCCAACGUCGAAGGCCCCUACAAAGUGCUGAACCAGUACCACUCGAAGCCGUCGAAGCUGCGUGUCGCGUGCUGCGGCGCCGGCGCCUCGGGGCUGUGCCUGGCGUACAAGAUGGAGAAGAUGCUCACGCCGGGCUCGUUCGAGCUGACGCUGUUCGAGAAGAACCCGCAGUUCGGCGGCACGUGGUACGAGAACACGUACCCCGGCGUUGCGUGCGAUAUCCCGGCGCACGACUACGUGUUUACGUGGGACCCCAAGCCGGAUUGGACGCAGUUCUUUGCGGCGGGCAAGGAGAUUCAGGGGUACUUUGAGGGGUUUGCUGAGAGGCAUGGGAGCAAGAAGUAUAUGAAGCUGAAUACAAAGAUUGUGGAGACGAGGUGGGAUAACGCGGAGGGGGUGUGGCAUAUCACAACGGAGGACCAGGUGACCAAGGAGAGAUCGGAGGACUGGGCACACGUCUUCGUGAACGGUACUGGUAUUCUGAAUAGCUGGAAGUGGCCUGAGAUUGAGGGUUUACAUGACUUCAAGGGCGGUCUGAUGCAUUCGGCGGCCUGGGAUCACUCGGUUGACUUUGAGGGCAAGGUCGUCGGUGUUAUUGGUACUGGCUCUACCAGUGUGCAAAUUGUCCCCUCAUUGCAGAAGAUCUGCAAGGAGGUGCAGGUCUACAUGAGGAGUCCUACGUGGAUCAGCCCGCCCUUCGGCGCUGGAGCUCUCGAUGACGUGCACAAGGGCGAAGAUGUCAAUCCCGGACAGCGACAGUACACGUUCAGCGAGGCGGAGAAGAAGCGCUUCGCUGAGGACCCGGAAUAUCACCUUUCGUUCCGCAAGAGCAUUGAGGCGGAGAUCAAUGGUCUUUUCGGCAUGUACCAGCAGGGCUCUGAACUGUCUAACCACUUCCGAGAAGUCAUCACAGCAGAAAUGAACCGCCGCAUGGGCCCAGGAAACGAACAACUAAAGUCCUUCAUCAUUCCAAAGUGGUCUCCGGGCUGUCGACGAAUCUCACCGGGCGAUGGCUACCUCGAGGCGUUGGUCCAGGGGAACGUAACACCAGUGUUCGAAGGGAUUGAAAAGAUUGUGCCAGAGGGCCUUCAGACAAGAGACGGGAAGGUGCACAAGGUCGACAUCAUCGUCUGCGCCACCGGCUUCCAAGUCGCUUUCCAGCCUGCGUUCACCGUGAUCAACGGCGCCGGCAAGUCGAUCAAGCAAGACUGGACUGACGGUCCCAACCUCUACUUUGGCGUGUCAGCCCCGCGAUUCCCCAACUUCUACACUAUUGUGGGCCCGGGCGCGACGUGGAGUAACGGCACGCUGCUUCCGUCGAUCGAGACGACUAUCGAGUACUCGAUCAAGUGCAUGAAGAAGAUGCAGAUGGAGGGCAUCAAGGCCAUGGCGGUCAAGCAGGAGGCGCUCGAUGAGAUCUACGCCCACUUUGACGAGUUCCACAAGGCAACAGUGUGGAAGGAGGAGUGCCGCAGCUGGUUCAAGGACGGCAAGAUCAAGAACCGCAUCUACCUGUGGCCCGGCGCAACGAUCCACUUUCUGAAGUCCAUCAAGGACCCGCGGUUCGAGGACUAUGACUUCACAUACCGCUACAAGAACCGCUUCGCGUUCCUGGGCAAUGGCGACGUGAAGGCAACGGCGUCGCGCGACGUGCUCGGGCUCAGCACCUACAUCAGGAACUCGGAUCACGAGUGGUCGGUGGAGUAAGCAUUGGGCAAGCAUUCGCAUGUUUAGCACGCAGACUACAUUUGGCACUGUCUCCCUUUUUUCAGCCUUUUUCAAAGUGUUGCAGCCGUUUUUCUCCAGCUUUUCGGUACCCCAGAUUGAUGGCGUCGUGCAUGGCUGGGAAUGAGCAUUGUUUGAAGACCGGCUUCCUUUUUUUUUUGGUGGAUGACGGGCAGCGACGCGCGGAGAUCGCGGAUGGUAGGAUCCCCUCGUCGGGUCUGGUGCACUGCAUUCGGUAG